UUCCAAUUUUUUUCAUCCUUAAACUUAUUUGUCACUUAGCUUUGAAGUCUCACUCUUUAUUAUCUCUUCUAUCCUUUGUCCAAUUAGUGUGUUUGAGAAAAAAAAAUGGGUGAAAUAUCAGCUGCAUUAUCUAAUGUGUUGAAUAAUGAAAAUGGACAUGUAGUGGGAGGUCCAAGAAAGAGUUGUUGGUAUGAAGAAGAAAUUGAUAAUGACUUGAGAUGGUGUUUUGCUCUCAAUAGCAUUUUGCACACUGGUGCUACUCAAUAUCAAGAUAUUCAACUCUUGGACACAAAGCCCUUUGGAAAGGCUUUAGUGAUCGACGGAAAGCUUCAAAGUGCAGAGAUAGAUGAAUUCAUCUAUCAUGAAUGUCUUGUCCAUCCACCUCUCCUUUAUCAUUCCAAUCCUAGAAACAUAUUCAUUAUGGGAGGAGGUGAAGGUUCUACAGCCAGAGAAUUAUUAAGGCACAAAACAGUCGAUAAAGUUGUAAUGUGUGACAUUGAUGAAGAGGUGGUGGAAUUUUGCAAGUCAUACUUGGAGGUUAACAAAGAAGCAUUUUCUGAUCCUAGACUUGACCUUAUUAUUAAUGAUGCCAGGGCUGAGCUAGAGAGGAGGGAGGAACAUUAUGAUAUAAUUGUGGGGGAUUUAGCUGACCCUAUAGAAGGAGGACCAUGUUACCAACUUUAUACAAAAUCAUUUUAUGAAUUUAUUGUUAAACCUAAACUUAAUCAAGGUGGCAUCUUUGUUACUCAGGCAGGACCAGCAGGAAUUUUCAGCCAUACAGAAGUCUUUUCCUGCAUUUUCAAUACUCUGAAACAAGUUUUCAAAUAUGUUGUGCCUUAUUCAGCUCAUAUUCCAUCUUAUGCUGACACUUGGGGAUGGGUCAUGGCAUCAGAUACUCCAUUUGUUGUAAGUGUGGAUGAAUUGGACCAAAGAAUCAAGCAGAGGAUCAAUGGAGAAAAUAGAUAUCUUGAUGGCAAAACAUUCACUUCAGCCUCUACAUUAAGCAAAGCUGUUAGAAAUUCAUUGAGCAAUGAGACUCAUGUUUACUCAGAAGGAAAUGCAAGAUUCAUUUAUGGACAUGGAAGACACAAUCAAGCAUGACAUAAUGGAACAAAAAUUUAAAGGGGAGCUACAUGAUUAUUGUAGCACAUUAACAAAAAAAGAAAAAAAAUUGGAAACUUUUCUAAUUUUUUUUCUUUUGUUUUGGUUUUUCCUUAUGGUUUUAACUCAAAGUUAUCUUAAGAACUUAUGUUUCUUAUAUGUAUUUUUUUUUUUUUGUUGGAAGUGGUAGGGGUGCUAUGGCCUAUGUUACUCUAAAGGAAAGAGGGGUUAUGGCUUAAUUAUGGAUCUUUCUUGUUGUUUUUUAAUUACUAUAUGGUUUAAUAUGGAAUACUAUCUUUUAAUUUUGAGUCUCUA